AUGGGCAAGGUUGACUGGGUCUUGAUCUACAACUACGAGGGUUCCGAUUGGGAGAUUCCCGCUCGAGUUCGCUACAACGCUGAAGAACAGCCCAAAGGAUACAGCUUGAUCACCUACACGGACGGAGAUUGGCUCGUGAGGCAACACGAGAACAACCAAACUGUUACUUUCGACUUCGUGAACGACAACAGACCCGCUGCAAUUGAUCGGCCAUCAUUCGCCGGGGGCAGAAUCGACCAAUUCACGUCUUGGGGUCCGACAUUGGAUGCUCGGAUGGCUCCUCAAAUUUCCGCUCCAGGUGGCUGGGCCACGUUUUCCGGCACAAGCAUGGCUACUCCCUACAUUGCUGGCGUUGCAGCUUUGUUCUUUGCCGCCAAUGGUGGCAAAGCUACCUUCGGUGACGGAGGAGCCAAGCUGGCCCACGAAAAGAUUGUUGCCAGUGGCAAACCUAUCCGUCACUACGACGGCACAGAUGCUUUGGCCUCGGUUGUACACCAGGGUGCUGGCUUGGUCGACGCCUUCAAAGUCGUCGGUUACUCGACUACGGUCAGCCCAGCUACUCUCAACCUCAACGACACUGAUCACUUUCAAAGUACUCAUGACGUCAAGGUUACCAAUGCUGGGGAUGAGUCGGUGACUUAUCAGUUCUAUCAUGAGGCUGGGACCACAAUUUUCUCCAAGGGCGCAGGAGAUGCAUGGAUCUCGCUGUCUCCACCAUAUGCCACUGACGAGUCCAAUGUUGCAACUGUCGACUUCUCUACUACCGAGUUAACCUUGGGGCCAGGAGAAAGUGGUACUUUUUCUGUCGCAUUUUCUGAGCCAUCCGCGUCUGAGGCUAUCAAGCUUCCUGUCUACGGUGGCUCUAUCCUGAUUGUAGGAUCUCAAGGAGAAGCUGUGCGCGUCACUUACAUGGGCGUCAAGGGAUCCAUCUAUGCCAGUGACAUUUGGGAGAUGGAACGUGGUGUUCCUCUGCUUCUCAGCGGAUACGGUGGUCUCAUGGAAGAGGGUCACAACUACACGUUCGAACAGGGAGGGGACGUCAUGCAACCCUACUUCAACGUUCUCUGGUCCACUCGAGAAAUCAGUUUCGACUAUGUCGCCCGGGACUGGAACGAGUCAGACUGGGUUUACCCCCCGGUUCCAGGCCAGAACAAGUACCUCGGCUCCUUCAUCACUGAGCCCUCCGGCCUCUCCGAAACCAUCACGAGCUUCCCCUUCAAGAACUAUCCUCGCAACAGUGGAGGUGUCUACGCCAAGCCACAGAACAAGUUUGCACACGGGGGAGAUAUCCCUGCUGGCGAAUACAAGCUCCUGUGCCGCACUCUUCGCACCUUCGGAGACCCCAACAAUCUCAACGACUGGCAGUACAAGGUAUCCCCCUGGUUCCGGGUAACAAGGGAGAAGCCUCCGGUCACCGAGACCCCCGUUCCCACAACGGCUGAAGCUACUCCGGUGCCGACUUCCACAGUCAGCGUACCCGAGCCCUGCGCCGCUACGGCAACUCCCGUCAGCAUUCAAGCGUCUCUUGCCUCCGGAGAGGGCCCAUACAACCUUUACCUCUACUCUGAUUUUGCUGCCAUCGAUCUAGCUGGAACAAAAACCUCCUUGAACUUCACUUUGACAAGUGAUACACAUGUUCAGACCUGGCUCGACUCUUCUUACAAGUUCUUCUCGGUGCAUACCAACACCAACAGUUUGAUCUACACAUACACAGCGGGUAGAGUGUCCGGAGCCUACUCGUUCCUUGAAUGUGCCGUUGUAGAUGGCGCUUUGCAGUGCGAGUCUAACGGCAAGAAGGCACUGUAUUGGAAGCGGUCUGCUCCGCCAUGGCACUGA